AUGAAUGCUGGAGAAAUCGCGGAACACGAAAUGUGUUGCGGCAUAGACGACUUGUCGGCUACCGAAGAAGCGCAACUGAUAGAAUGUUUAGCUAGUGCAAUACCCUCGAAAGCACCAAAAAUUGGAAGAACCACCCUCGACACAUAUAAAAUCGAUCUCCAGGCACACCUGUCGGUCAAACAGAAAAACUUUCGAGUGUCACCUGUGGCACUGAAGGCUAUGUAUGACGAGGUGUAUAACCUUUUAGCAGAAAAUUUUAUCGAGCACUGGAACUCAGACUGGUCAAACCUAGUUGUUAUGGUCAAAAAGUCCAACGGAUCUUACCGCGUGUGUGUCGACUAUCGAAAAGUCAAUAAACUUUCUAAAGGUGACGCAUAA